AUGUCGAUUCUGGUUUUUCCCGAUCAACACUCCAAUCCAUCCCUCGAAACUUUCAGCUUACGUCGCACCGAUGAUCCCCAGUCCGACUUACGUCUAUCCGUACGGAAUCUCCAUCCCAUACACAAAGGACGCUCCAGUGUAUACCGAGCUACAUUGGAGGGUGAUGUAGAGCCUCAAGAAGUCGCCUGCAAAGUUGUCUAUGGGAAGCGCUCUAUUGCCAAAUUGCACAACGAAGUUGAGAUCUAUCAGCACCUUCACGACCUCCAAGGUGGCGUCAUUCCCUACUGUUUGGGCCUUUUCCAGGGAGAAAUGGAAGACGGACAGGCGGGGUGUUUGAUUACGAAGUACUGUGGUAAACCUGUAGACGUCGAGCUGGCUUUCAUGAACUGGACGUUUAAGAUGGAAACUAUCAAGGCACUCUCUGCAAUUCAUGCCAAGGGAGUCAAACACAAUGAUUUUUCUGAGCGCAACAUUCUAGUGGGAAAGGAUCGAAGACCAAUCAUCAUUGAUUUCGAUUGCGCACAGAAGGAAGAAUGCAAAGUGACGGACGACGUCCAUUUUCAUACCGAAGAGCCUUUGCCCGAAGUAUUCGGAUGCCAGGAAUUGUUCUCAGCCGCGAAGUUGGCUGAUGCGUGGACUCCCCGUGUCAUCCCCUUCUUGCGGGGAUACUCACCUGUGAAGUAUGCGGAGUCCGUGGAGACGCUGAUGUCGGCAGCUCCUGACGUCGUUCCUCGCGAUGUAGCACGCUUCCAUGCUGAGUAUGCCAUGGAGCGCUACAAGAAGGCACUUAGCAAGAGAGAAGCAUGUGAACCAUAUGAACUCUAG